AUGCUUUCCUUCUUCCGUUCACGUUUUGUCCCGCUGCUUCAGCCCCUCGCACAUUGUCGUCGCUUCAGCACCCCACUAGACACGAUCCCGAUAGCACCAAAGGCUGAUGGUGCGCUCCGCCCGCACCUGAACAUCGCGGUGAAUCCCAACCACGGUCUCUUCGCAUUCUUUCGGCAAAGGGAACGCGAUGGAAACAUAAAACACGUAUCCGUGGAGGACAGCGAGGAUAUCAACACCAAAACGGGCCGGUCCUGGACGGCCGCGGAAUUGAGGCGCAAGAGCUUCAGAGACCUCCACACGCUGUGGUACGUUCUGUUGCGGGAGCGGAAUCUUCUCGCCACGCAGUCAGAAGAGUUACGACGCAUGGGUGUGUCGAGAAGUGGUGCGGCGGCGCCGUCGGGUACUCGUGAAUACCAGUGCCGAAAGAGCAUGGCACGCAUCAAGUAUGUGAUCAAUGAGCGCCGGUUGGCGUACGAAGGUGCUGUCGCAAUAUUCGCCGAACAGAAGAACGCACGUACGCGCCAGGAUCGGAGCGCUAAGAGGGCGUCGAGGCUGGCGCUAUUGCGGAAACGCGGGGUAGAGACUGAGCAGAAGGAGGAGUCUACGCCCACAGAGGCCGUGCAACUCGCGGUUGAGGGCCUUCUGCACUCCAAUCCUAGGUCGUCAUGA